AUGCCUGAAUAAACAAUUAAAAAGAUUGAAUAAUUAGAAAGUUCUCAGCCAUUUUUCGAUAGAUUAAUAUUUUUUGAUCCAGAUAUAAUGGCUUCACUGCCUCCGAUUCUGAAUUUUUUUGAUCCUGUGGUCGAAUAAGGAAAAGUGGGGUGUGAUAAGUUUGACUUGUAUUUUUUUAAGAACUUCAAUUCUUCCAUUAAUUUAUAUUUAAUUUAAAAGAACAAGCAAAUUAACAGCUAUUGCCCCAGUAUUAAUUCAAGUUGCAAAAUUAGUAAAUGCAACAGAAUUAACAAAAAAAAAAAAAUUUUUUUAAUUGGUAAAUGUAGUUUUCAUAUUAUUAAAACUUAAAAGUUAAAGUUUUAUAGAUUGUUUCUUUAUAAUUUAUUUAAUAUUCCAAUUAUUAUUACCAUGAUAUGGAGUAUAAGAAGAACUAUGGUAGAAGAAAGUGUUAAAAGCUCAUCUUUUUUAUGGGUUCCUAGUCUUGUAAACAUAGAUCCUUAUUUUAUACUUCCUACAUUAGCGAUAGCAGGAUAUUAUAUGAAUAUGCAAAGAUUUAUUACUCCUGAAAAUAAACACACAAUAAUUUCUAAAAUAAGAGGUUAUAUUUAAAUUUUAAUAAUUCUAUGGCUUCCUUUACUUAGUAAUUGGCCUGCUGCUAUUUAAUGGUAUGUUUUAAAUAAUGCAAUUUAUAGUUUAAUUUAAAUAAGUUUACUUAUUCAUCCGAAAUUUGUUUCGUUUGUUUAACCAAAAAUGCUUUUGUAUUAAUUUCUUCUUAAAUGUGUUGAAUAUGAUAAAGUACAAUCCGAAACAUUAAUAGAAAGUAUUAAUACUGGUGAAGAAAGUUUUAAAGAUAAAUGUAUAAAGGAAGAAGUUUUAGUUUAAUAAAUGGAAUAAAUGCUUAAAAAAUUAAAUGCGGAAGCUAUUGAUGAAUAAUUAAAAGAAGCAAAUGAACUGUCAAUAAAUGAUUUGAAAUUUUGA